AGCCAAAAUGAAUAGCCUAGUCUCUGUGGUCGUAAGCAUCUAGGAGGGUCAUUACGGUUGAACACGCCCAGUUCCCUCGAUGCUGUUGCAUUGGGAGGGGUCUAGCACCUAAGGCACCAUUGAAUUAUUUUGCCGGUGAAUAGACGCAGAAUCACCGCGGCUGUGUGCAAUUCAGAGAAGCAAAGCGGCCGUCGGCUCUCCCUGGAUUGCAAUAUUCCAACGAUCGAAUCUUUUAGUUUUUUAUAGUCCAUCUACACUGAAACGACAACAUGAGUGAAAUCAACGUAAAAAAGCUUAAGGUGAACGAGUUGAAGGACGAGCUGAAGAAGCGCAAUCUCUCCGACAAGGGAUUGAAGGCCGAGCUUAUGGAGCGGCUGCAGGCCGCGCUCGAUGCAGAGGCCCAGGCCGAAGAGGAAGAAGCUGCCGCGGCAGAAGCAACGGAAGAAAGCGUGGCCGAGGGAACCGAUGUUGCGGUCGAACAAGAAGGCAUGGGUGAAGAAGAGCCAAAGGGCGAGAGCAUGGAGGCCGAGGAGCAAAAUGGAGACGGGGGUGAUGGUCAGGACGACGAAAUGGGCAAAGAGGAGGAGGAUGGGGACGCCGGCGUGGAAAUGGACAAAGCCCUCGAUGAAGAAGAAGAGGAGGAGGAGGACGAAGACGACGAGAUCAUAGACAAAAUCGACGAUGAAGAUGGUGAGCCUGAAUCUCAUCCAUUAGAGGGGGAUGCGGACAAAGACAUCAGUGCUGAUCAGAAGAAUAAGAAGGGUGUUAAGAGACGCCGGGAGGAACAUGGAAGGGGCUACUUUGAAUUUAUUGAAGAAAGCAAAUACAGCCGGUCCAAGUCUCCUCUGCCACCUCUUGAGGAAGAAGAUGAAGUGUUUGACGACACUCUGGCCUGCCUGGAUCCAUACAACUGUGACCUUAAUUUCAAAGUCUCCCGGGACAGGUACAGCGCCUCCUCUCUUACCAUGGAGAGUUUUGCUUACCUUUGGGCAGGUGGCCGUGCCUCCUAUGGCGUAAACAAAGGCAAAGCCUGCUUUGAAAUGAAGAUCACUGAGAAAAUCCCAGUCAAGCAUUUAAACAGCAAAAACGUGGACUUCCAUGAUGUCCAUGUUGGCUGGUCCCUGGCUAAUGGCAGUCUUUUGCUGGGUGAGGGGGAGCAUUCCUACUCUUAUUCGAGCAAAGGGAAGAAGACUUCAAACUUUGUGACCGAAGACUAUGGGGAGAAUUUUGAUGAAAAUGAUGUCAUCGGCUGCUUCAUUAAUUUCGAAGCAGAUGAGGUGGAGAUUUCCUACUCCAAAAAUGGAAAGGACCUUGGUGUGGCUUUCAAGGUCAAUAAGGAGUCCUUGGCCGGGCAAACACUGUUCCCCCAUGUUCUUUGCCACAACUGUGCGGUUGAGUUCAAUUUUGGUCAGAGGGAGACACCAUUCUUCCCUCAGGUGGAGGGCUUCACCUUCCUGCAGCAAAUUCCUGUGGAUGUGCGUAUCAGAGGACCUAAGGGACCGGAGACCAAGAAAGAUUGUGAGGUGAUCGUCGUGGUCGGCCUUCCUGGAUCUGGAAAAACUGCUUGGGUAAAUAAACAUGUUGAAGAGAACCCUGGCAAGUUCAAUGUCCUCGGCACCAACACCAUCUUGGAGAAGAUGAUGAUUGGCAGCAUGAAGAGGCAAAACAAAGACACAGCGAAGCUCUCAGCCAUCUCUCAGCGUGUUCCUUUGUUCCUGGGCAAGUUUAUUGAAAUUGCUGCCCGCAAAAAGAGAAACUACAUCUUGGAUCAGACAAACGUGUCUGCACUGGCCCAGAGAAGGAAGAUGUGUCUGUUUGCUGGCUUCCAACGCAAAGCUGUAGUGGUCUUCCCAACAGAUGAGGCCUUCAAGGAGAGAACACAGAAGAAAGCAGAAACCGAUGGCAAAGAUGUACCUGAGCAUGCCGUUCUGAAAAUGAAAGGUAUCUACACGUUGCCAGAGGUAGGAGACUGCUUCUCAGAGGUCACCUAUGUGGAACUGCAGAAGGAGGAGGCCGUCAAGCUCUUGGAGCAGUACAAGGGAGAGAGUAAAAGUGCUUUGCCACCCGAAAAGAAACCAAACCAGGGCACCAUAACCCCCAAAAAGGGAGGUGGACGAGGCAAAGGGCCUAAGAACCAGUUCGGUAGGGGUGGUGGUCCAGGCCCACGUGGAGGCAGAGGUGGAUUUCAGGCCCGUGGAAACUUCAGAGGAUUACCAGUACCACAUCGAGGUUUUAAUCGUCACCCGCGUGGCUACAUGCCACCACCGCCGCCACCCCCUGUCUUCCGAGGAGGGUUCCAUAGCCGAGGUGGAGCCGGUGGGAUGCCCAGCCGGGGAAUGGGCCCCAGGGGUGGGCACAUUAGAGGCGGCAGAGGUAGAGCAAUGGGCCGCGGAGGGCCUGCACACAGAGGUAACAUGCACCGCGGUGGAUCCAACAACAGAGGACACUUCCAGCCGAAGUUCCGUGGCAGAGGAGGCCAUCAGCAGAAUCGUGGUGGUUUUGGCAAUAAAAACGGAUCUUUUGCCCAAGCCUUCAACCAGAGCUGGCAACAAGGGUUCUGGAACCAGAAGCCAUGGAAUCAACAGUACCACCCAGGAUAUUACUAAGUGUGCAUUUGUAUUAAAGACUCAUGGCUUUUGUGCGCUGAAAUGCACAGCCACUGAAUAACCAUCCACUUUUACGGUCCUUGUUUAUUAUAAUUUUUUUAAAGGAAGUCCAUUUUUAAAUAAGAGAAGCAAGUGGCAAACAAACAUUCCGCCUACUGAAGUGAACAGUCUACGUUCUACAUAGAUGUGUGCUUGCUUCACUCUCUCAGAUUUUUGUAAAAUGUAUUUCCUCCCCCUUUUAGUUUGUAUCACAGCUUUGAUAUAUUGUUAUAUCAGGAAUCCCAGCAUUUGUCUUGUGUGAGGGAUGCUUUGAAUUUCAGGGUUGUGAAUUUUAUUCUGUAAAAUGUCAUUUUUACUCAAUGUAAAUUAUUAUUUUUCAAGUUUUUUUGUGUAAAGGUUGGUGUUUAAAAAUCCCUGUGAACUUUAAUCUUUUAGAAGCUUUUGUCAUUAACCAUUCAUAUUUACACAGCAAUUCUGCCCGUCAUGUUCAGUGGAGGAGUGAAAAUAUAUUUACUUCUUACAGGUUCAUGUUUUUCUUUAUUUGUUAGCCCAGACUGUAACAGUUACAUCAUAGGUUUGCAAUAAAUGAUGUGCUUGCUUUUCUGUGA